CCCCGCCUCAUCAGCUCCGCCAUGGUCCGCGGCACCCUGUACUACGACGUCGUCUCGCCCUGGAGCGUCUUUGCCUAUGCCGUCCUCAAGCGUUACCGCAAGCACUGGAACAUGGACCUCGUCCUCAAGCCCGUCUUCCUCGGCGGCGUCAUGGCCGCGUCCGGCAACCAGCCGCCGCUCAAGAUCCCCAACAAGGGCAAGUGGAUGAACCGCGUCGACAUGCCCCUCGCGGCCGAGUUCUUCGAGGUGCCCUACACGUUCCCGGCCAAGUUCCCGAUCAACACGAUCCACUGCAUGCGCCUCCUGCGCGCCAUCGAGGAGCACACGCCCGACAAGCUCGAGAAGGCGACCGACCUCUUCUUUGCCGCCAUCUGGCAGCCGACCUCGGGCAAGACGGCCGAGGACGCCGUCGUGCCGGCCAACUUCCCGGCCAUGCUCGCCCAGGACAACCUCUUCUCGCAGAGCGAGAUCGACAAGGUCAUCGCGGCGUCCACCUCGGACGAGGUCAAGGCCCUGCUCAAGACCGACAGCCAGAAGCUCGUCGACGAGGGCGCGUUCGGAUUCCCCUGGAUCGUCCUCGAGCGCGACAGCGGCGAGAAGCGCUCCUUCUUCGGCUCGGACCGCUUCGAGGCCAUGGCGUUCUGGCUCGGAAAGGAGUACAAGGGCCCCGUUCCGGACGGGCGCAAGAAGGCGUCGGCCAAGCUCUGAGCUCGUCGACCUGUCCAAAGUAGCUGUAUCUCUGCAUCGUCACGACUUUGUCCUCCUGG